AGCUACGCGACCAACUUUGGCAACUCCGCGCAAAAUACCGAACGAUAGCCUGGCUCACAGCAAAUACUACGAACCACAUCCUUGAACCAAAACACACCACGGACUACCGCCAACAUGAGGUUAACAACAGACCUCAUCAACAAUUCCCUGUCCUUCAUCAACUGUCUCACGGAGCGUGAACUCGAUCUGCGAGGUCACAAGAUUUCCGCUAUUGAGAACAUGGGAGCGGCGCGAGACAACGACGCCAUAGACCUUACCGACAACGACAUCGCACAGCUCGGCAAUUUCCCGCUCCAACCUCGUCUCCGAACACUCUUCCUCGCGCAAAACCGCAUCUCCAACAUCCAACCCAACCUCUCGUCGAGCAUACCAAACCUGCGCACACUAGUCCUUACCAAGAACAGGAUAGCAGAGCUGGCCGACUUGGAUCCGCUGGCGAGUUUCAAACAACUGGUAUACCUGUCAUUGAUGGGAAACCCCGUCACAAGCAAAGAGAACUACCGGUAUUGGGUCAUCUGGCGCUGCCCGACUGUGCGCUUCCUAGACUUUAGCAAAGUGCGGGAUGUCGAGCGAAAGAAGGCCAAGGAGCUGUUUGGAACUGUCGAGGAGCCGACAGAACUUGCAAACCAGAUCUCGAGCAACAGGUCCAAGGGCUUCGUCGUCCCCUCGUACGCAAACGGUGCCGACUCGGGCAAAGAGCGCAUCUACACCGACGAAGAGAAGAAGCGCAUGCGCGCUGCCAUCCUCAAUGCAAGCAGCUUGGCCGAGAUGGCGAGGCUGGAGAAGGACUUUGCGGAAGGUCGGAUACCAGCGCAUAUCCUCGAGGGUGGAGACCCUAUGGAGACAUAGGCGCUAUACUAUCCGGAAGUUUUGACGAGGAUCAAAACGCACACACGAUGAUGGGUAUCACAUGUCACGACUGUGCAAAGCCCUGCGCAUGCAUGAGCAAGAGGGGCACGCAAGAACGGUAACGCACUGGAGGAUUCUGCACGCACAGCAUGAGACUUCGAAGGAACGCGCCAGCGUGCAAUGGUUAUAGGGGAGGCCUGGCGAUGCCA